GCGGGGCUUAACGAGAGGAAGUGCUUGUAGGAUCCUUUGGCUGAAGGGAAAGAGGGGAAAAAAAAAAUAAAAACCGUCUCGUGCGCCGUUGCCCGUUGUGUCACGAGCCUUGUCCGUUGGUACCGAGCGAGCGGAGAGGCCCGUAAACCGGCGACGUGAACGCGCGCAGCGUGUAAAUUUCACCUCAGAGAGAUAAAUUAGCGGCUCGGGCUGCGUGUGUCGGGUUUCGGGUGUUAGCAUUAGCAUAGCUGUUUAGCUAGCUGACUCACAGCGAGCAGAAAAAACGCCAGGACACCGAAUCGGUUUAUUUCUCCGCCGCGUCGCGGUUAGUAACGGCUCAGCGACCGCGCGACGCUUAUUUUAAACCAUUUCUAGAUCGUUCCUCGGUGUCCGGUGGAGCUGUCGGGAUCCGGAGUGAGGCAUCGGUUUGAAUGAAUUCCUGUGAGAGGAAGCGUCAGGGAGCUAAAACCCAGCGCGAGACCGUGACCUCAAUCCCGCCGCCCAGCUGACACACUUCACCGGAUCCCCGCGCUGGAGCACCCCGCUGUAGCAGCGUUAGCAACCGGGCUCGCGCUCCAUCACCUCAGAACCCCGACACACUGACUGUACUUUAGCUUCUGAGCUAACCGCGUUCACCCCGAACACACCCCGAACACACCCCGAUCCACUCUGAUCCACUCUGUCCAUCUGGAACAGUUUAUCAGCCGCGACAGACAGAGAGAGAGAGAGAGAAACGGAUAGAGAGAGAGAGUGAUAGAGUGAUCUAGAGGGAGAGAAACGGAGAGAGAGUAAAGAUGCCGGCCGUGUCGAAGGGAGACGGGAUGAGGGGAUUAGCUGUGUUCAUCUCGGACAUCAGGAACUGUAAAAGUAAGGAGGCUGAGAUCAAGCGCAUCAACAAGGAGCUGGCCAACAUUCGCUCCAAGUUUAAAGGAGACAAGGCUCUGGAUGGAUACAGCAAGAAGAAGUACGUGUGUAAGCUGCUCUUCAUCUUCCUGCUGGGCCACGACAUCGACUUCGGCCACAUGGAGGCCGUCAACCUGCUCAGCUCCAACAAGUACACCGAGAAACAGAUCGGCUAUCUGUUCAUCUCGGUGUUGGUGAACAGUAACAGUGAGCUGAUCCGGCUGAUCAAUAACGCCAUAAAGAACGACCUGUCGAGCAGGAACCCCACCUUCAUGUGUCUGGCUCUGCACUGCAUCGCCAACGUGGGCAGCAGGGAGAUGGCCGAGGCCUUCGCCGGAGAGAUCCCACGCAUCCUGGUGGCAGGGGACACUAUGGACAGUGUGAAACAGUCGGCCGCUCUGUGUCUGCUGCGUCUGUAUAAAACGUCUCCGGACCUGGUGCUGAUGGGAGAGUGGACGUCCAGAGUGGUGCAUUUACUGAACGAUCAGCACAUGGGUGUGGUCACUGCAGCGAUCUCCCUCAUCACCUGCCUCAGCCAGAAAAACCCAGACGAGUUCAAGACGUGUGUGUCCCUGGCUGUGUCCCGUCUCAGCAGGAUCGUGUCCUCGGCGUCCACAGACCUGCAGGACUACACCUAUUACUUCGUCCCCGCUCCCUGGCUGUCCUGUAAGCUGCUGCGCCUCCUGCAGUGCUACCCUCCUCCUGAGGAUGGCGCCGUUAAGGGCCGUCUGGUGGAGUGUCUGGAGACGAUUCUCAACAAAGCCCAGGAACCUCCCAAGUCCAAGAAGGUGCAGCACUCUAACGCCAAGAACGCCAUCCUGUUCGAGGCUAUCGCUCUCAUCAUUCACUAUGACAGUGAGCCGAACCUGCUGGUGCGGGCGUGUAAUCAGCUGGGUCAGUUCCUGCAGCACAGAGAGACUAACCUGCGCUACCUGGCCCUAGAGAGCAUGUGCACACUCGCCAGCUCCGAGUUCUCCCACGAGGCCGUCAAAACACACAUCGAGACCGUCAUCAACGCCCUCAAGACGGAGCGUGAUGUGAGUGUGCGUCAGAGGGCAGCUGAUCUGCUCUACGCGAUGUGUGACCGCAGUAACGCUAAGCAGAUCGUGGCCGAGAUGCUGAGUUACCUGGAGACGGCGGACUACUCCAUCCGUGAGGAGAUGGUGCUGAAGGUGGCCAUCCUGGCCGAGAAGUACGCAGUGGACUACUCCUGGUACGUGGACACCAUCCUCAACCUGAUCCGCAUCGCCGGAGACUACGUGAGCGAGGAGGUGUGGUACCGCGUCAUCCAGAUCGUCAUCAACCGCGACGACGUGCAGGGCUACGCCGCCAAGACCGUCUUCGAGGCCCUACAGGCUCCAGCGUGUCAUGAGAACAUGGUGAAGGUCGGGGGUUACAUCCUCGGAGAGUUCGGGAACCUGAUUGCUGGUGAUCCUCGUUCCAGCCCGUUGGUUCAGUUUAACCUGCUCCACUCUAAGUUCCACCUGUGUUCGGUUCCCACUCGCGCUCUGCUCCUCUCAGCCUACAUAAAGUUCAUUAACCUGUUCCCCGAGACGAAGAGCACCAUCCAGGAGGUUCUGCGCUGCGACAGUCAGAUCAGGAACAGUGACGUGGAGCUCCAGCAGAGAGCCGUGGAGUAUCUCAAGCUCUCCUCCAUCGCCAGCACCGACGUCCUGGCCACAGUGCUGGAGGAGAUGCCGCCGUUCCCUGAGAGAGAGUCCUCCAUCUUGGCCAAGCUGAAGAAGAAGAAAGGUCCGGGUGCCGUGUCCGGCGCUGAGCUGGAGGACGGAAAGAGAGAGGGAGGAGAGCUGAACGGAGGAGGAGGAGGAGAGCGGCCCGGAGACGGCUCUGCCAUCGCAGCAUCUAACGCAUCCACUCCCUCUCCUUCAGCCGAUCUCCUCGGUCUCCGCUCCUCCGCCCCGGUCAGUGCGGCCCCGCCCAGUGCAGGCAGCCUAUUGGUGGAUGUAUUCUCAGAGGCGGGGCCUGCCGCUCCGGCCGCUCCGGUCAGUGAUGAUGGCUUCCUCAGAGAUCUGGAACCUCCCACUGAGAGCUCUGACUCCUUAUUGGCUGAGGGUCCUGGUGACUCGGACUCUGCUCCUCCCUCUGUGGCCUCUGAAGAUCCUGUUCCUCCUCUACCCGAGUCAGACGAGCUGCUUAACAAGUUUGUGUGUAAGAAUAAUGGAGUUCUGUUUGAGAAUCAGCUGCUUCAGAUCGGCAUUAAGUCGGAGUAUCGCCAGAAUCUCGGGAGGAUGUACUUGUUCUAUGGCAAUAAGACGUCAGUGCAGUUCAUCAGCUUCACGACUACCGUCAGCUGCCCAGGAGAACUUCAGUCUCAGUUGAACGUUCAGCUGAAGCCUGUGGAUCCUCUGGUGGAAGGUGGAGCUCAGGUGCAGCAGGUCAUCAACAUCGAGUGUCUGUCUGACUUCUGUGACGCACCGCUUCUCAACAUCAAGUUCAGGUAACACACACACACACACAC